AUGUUGCUCUUUCCCAAGCCGUCCGCCCUCAAAGACAUCUAUCGGGACCCACAGUGCAACACUAGGGCUGGCAUGUACGACAGUGGAGCUUUGGGACCUCCGCAUCUGGUUUCUACGAUAGACGGUGAGAAGCACCGUGUCUUGCGCAAGGCUUUAUCGAACGCACCAUGGUCCAUCGGUCCACUGAAGAACGCAUGGGAGCCUCGCUUCGAUAGCCACGUUUCCCUGCUCGUUGAGAAGCUGAGAGAACAUGCUGAGGCCAAGCGCACCAUCUGUCUCUCUGAUAAGGUUGCCGAGUUUGCAGCCGAUAUCCUCAGCAUAAUCUCGUUCACGCAGCCCUUCGGCAGUGUUGAGAACCAGCGCGAUGAAAAAUUCUUAUUGACCAAUUGGCGCAAAGGUUUGACAUUCUUCGGCUUCUCGGGAAGAUUUCGAUUCUUGCGGGAGAGAAUUCUGCGACUGCCUGUUCUAGGGGUCUGGCUGUUACCAACUACCUCUAAUGACUACGGGAUGGGCUGGUUGAUGGGCGAGGCAGACCGCCAGGUCACCCUGCGAGAGCAGCAAAACAAAGAGAAGCCAUUUGAUGGAAGACCAGACUUCCUACAGCACUGUCUCGACGCCCGUUACUCAGAUGGUUCACCACUGACCCCGACGCAAAAGCGUGCCCAUGUUACGCUUCUUUACCAAGCUGGAGCAGACACAACUGGCACAGCAAUGGGUUGCAUUCUCCGACUCAUAUUGUCAGACCCGUCUACUCUCGUACGUGUUCGCGCAGAGCUCGAUGCAGCAGAUUCAGCAGGCCUCCUAUCAACUCCAAUCCGUUAUGAUGAAACCCUCCAGCAUCUGCCGUUCUUCAUUGCAUGCAUCAAGGAGGGGCUUCGCCUUUUCCCACCGGCCCCCAAUCUGUUCCCUAGGGUGACACCAAAGGGUGGCAAAGUCGUUGAUGGACACUAUGUGCCUGGCGGAAUGGAUGUCACUAGCCAGGCGUACGUCGUGCAGCGAGACAAGGGCUUCUACGGGAAGGAUGCUGAAGACUUUAAGCCUGAGAGAUGGAUGCAAGGUGAGAAGAGAAACUUCGAGCUGGAAGCAGCUCAGUUCACGUUCGGGGUUGGACCGAGGAUGUGUCUGGGCAAAGAUGUCGCAAAGUUGGAGAUGUACAAGCUGUUGCCGGAGAUUAUUCGUCGGUUCGACAUCCAGAUCAACAAAUCCGGCAGAUAUGUCGUCGACGGCGGUGUGGCGUACAACGUGGACUUUCUGGUUGAAUUGGCAGUCAGCACCGUUCUGGCUUUGGCCAGCAUCGCCACAUGCACGCCUCUCGACCCUCGCCAGCAGACAGCUACAGCGCUUGAUGCGGCCAUGAAAGCGCGAGGCCGUUCCUACAUCGGCACUUCUUUAACCAUCCGCAAUGACAACACCGAGCAGAACAUCAUCCGCAGUGCGGAAUUCGGUUCCAUUACGCCUGAGAAUGCUAUGAAGUGGGAUGCCACAGAGCCCAAUCGGGGCCAGUUCAACUGGGGACAGGCAGAUGCUGUUGCGAACUUUGCGACCCAGAACGGAAAGCAGAUGCGCUGCCAUACAUUAGUCUGGUACAGUCAGUUGCCAGGCUGGGUGAACCAAAUCAACAACAACGCCACCUUGAUGGGCGUAAUGGAGAACCACAUCAAGCAAGUCAUGGGAAGAUACAAGGGGAAAUGUACCCACUGGGACGUCGUCAACGAAGCACUCAACGAAGACGGCACAAACAGAGACAACGUCUUCCUCCGCGUAAUCGGCGAACAAUACCUCCCCAUCGCCUUCCGCAUGGCCGCUGCCGCCGACCCAACCACCAAACUCUACUACAACGACUACAAUCUCGAAUACGGCUCGGCCAAGCACCAAGGCGCUCUCCGCAUCGUCAAGCUCGUGCAAUCCUGGGGCGUCAAGAUCGACGGCGUGGGUCUGCAGGGCCAUGUAGUCUCUGAGCCUACAGGCACCCAGAGCGACAUUACGCCCAGCACAGCGGUGUUGACCAAGGUGCUUCAGGAUUACGCUGAUCUUGGUGUUGAUGUUGCGUACACCGAGUUGGACGUACGAUCUCGCACACCGAGUAACUCGCAGAAGUUGACGGAUGCGGCGGCGGCUUGGGCGAGGAUUGCUCAGAGUUGUAUUAACGUGCAACGCUGUGUCGGCAUGACUAUCUGGGGUGUUGCGGAUAAGUAUUCCUGGGUUCCUGGCACCUUCAACGGUGAGGGAUCUGCAUUGCUCUGGACGGACAACUUCCAGAAGAAGCCUGCUUACACAGCUUUCUUGGAUGUGUUGAACGGAAAGAACACAACGCAGACGUAA